AUGUUGCAGUAUCCCGUCCAGCUUCCGCCGCUAUCUCUCACGUCCUCUAAGCGCGCUCAUCUGGUCCGACGGGACACCAGCGACGAUGUUCAGAGUCGUACCUUCAAGCGUUCUCCGUUCGCUGCUAAUGACAAGAGUCUUUCCCGCCCCUACCAUGUAGGCCCACUUCACGUCGCCACUUCUAUGUCCCCUUCUUCCACUUCCUCCUCGUCCCCUCCAUCCACACCUUCGUCAACGCCUUUUCUUCCCUCAAAGCAGGUCCCUCGUUCUCCUCUAGUUUCUUCUCCUCGCCAGCUGUCCAGUCCGGUCUCUCGCUCUUCCUAUCUGCACAAGUCAAACAUGUCCUCCUUCGAUGGCAAGUCCAGCAAGUGCUCCUCGAUCUCGUCUGUCGCCAUGGACGUGCUGUCGCAGGGCGACUUGGUCGGAGAAGGGCUUACUCUGCAAGGCGAGAUGAUCAGUCGGGUCCUGAUCAGCUCAUCCGAGCCGCGGGCCGACCAUGAUGAACUGGCGAAGGAGUUUGAGGUAGUUCGCAGGCUUGGUACCGGUAGCUAUGCUGUCGUCUAUCUUGUGCGAGAGGUGCUUUCGCGUUCACAUUCCCCUUCUUCCGACGACGAGCAUGGCGCUGCUGUGGCUGGACGUAUGGAGUUCGAUGACGGAUAUAUUGCUCACCAACCCACGGAGUACGGCCGAGAAUACGCUGUCAAGGUGUUAUCCAAAGCCAACCUUGAUGAGGAGGCCCUGGCGGCUCAGCUAUGUGAGGCUAAGAUCCACCAAUCCCUCCCCGCUCACCCAAACAUCGUCACCCUGCAUCGCACACUCGAGACUCCUUCCUUCCUUCUGCUUCUCCUUGAGUUCGUGCCCGGUGAGGAUCUAUUUUAUUUCUUGGAACAGGCCCGCGACCACUACGACGUGGACCCCGCAACGACCACGGACCUCUCGACGACCCCUCCAUCGGAUUCCAGCUGCAGUAGCUCGCGUACGCCGUCGACGCCCAGCCUGCUUGCUUCGGUCGCGUCGAACCAGCUACUGUCCCGUACUCGCCUGCGCCUCAUCGCUUCGAUGUUCUCCCAGAUGUGCGAGGCUGUGGCAACGUGCCACGACCACUCGGUGUAUCACCGCGAUAUCAAGCCGGAGAACUUCAUCGUCACGGACGGGUGGAUGACAAUGCCGGACGGCAGGCGCGAGCGCAGGGUAAUUGUCAAACUUACCGAUUUUGGACUGUCCACUACGGACAAGAAUUCAGCCGACAUGGAUUGUGGCAGCGCUCCUUACAUGAGUUUCGAAUGCCGGAAUAACCUACACCCUACUUAUUCUCCUCGUGCUGCCGAUGUCUGGUCACUUGGUAUCGUGCUUAUCAAUAUGUUGUACCAUCAUAACCCUUGGACGGAUGCUGCUGAGGGUGCGUGCUCGUCCUUCAAGACGUACCGCCAACAACCCGUUGCCUUCUUCAUGAACCGCUUCACCGGCAUGGCCCAGCCGGUCGCAGAGUUCAUCGCGUCGAAUGUGUUCUGCAUCCUCGAUGACCAUUGGGACGAUUCGAAGCGUAUCAGCGCGCGCGCCUUCGGUACGUGGGUGCGGGAUCUGCCCACGCUCCUUGGCGGUCCGUCGCGUCCAGGCCACUCGCGCACCGUGUCGAUCAACUCGGUUCAAGGCUAUCGUCUCGCGUCCAUCCCACAUUCACGCCGCCCUUCUUUGCGCUCGGGCACCCCUAUCGAUACGGUCGCAUCACAGCGUGUCUCUCGAUCGAUGUCUCGCGCACCCUCGCUUGGUCCCGCGUACGAGGUUGAAGCGGAGACAGAGGUGUGCAUGUUGUCCACUGUUCCCGAUCAGGAGAUUGAGUACCAGGAGCGCGAGCCGGAGCAGCGUGGCGCGGUCGGGGUCGGGAUUGAGCAGGAGCCUGAUUCGCGAUCUGCAUCCAACCAGAAGCGGCGGAAGCGUGGUGCGCGACGUGGCAAGAACGCGUUGCUGUCUGCUGCGGCUGCGCAGGACGAUGAGCCCGACUCCCUCGAAACGCUUGCCCGCGCGUCGCAGGCGCUGGCUCGCGAGAUCAGCCGCAACUCCCGCAACGGGUCGCAGCACUCGUCUUUGGGGGGUACGCACGCCCCUGUUGAUGCGCCCUCUCCGCUUUCGCAGCCGCCCAUUGUUGCUGCUUCCGACAAUGUCGCUGCCGCUGCGUCAGCGUCUUCGGUGGCUGUUUCGUCGAUCUCGAAGAAGUCGACCAAGUGGAAGCUGUCGUUCGGCAUGGGCAGCCACUCUGCAAGCACGAGGGCUCCGUCCGUUGAGGCACCGGAUGCCGGUCGUGCAAGCACCCCUGCCAAACCCAUGCCCUCGACUGCGACCAGGACCACCAACUUGCUUAUGAGCCUUAAUGCACAAGAUGCUUCGUCUUCUAUACCUGCUUCUGGCUCACGGUUCGAGCAGGAUGCUAUGGGACAGUUCAUGAACCGUGGCCGUCGUCCUCAAAAUCAUCCAUACGGUGCGGCUAGUAACGUCAGCAGCCAGUGGGGCCAGUCCACGACUUCUGUGCUCUCCUCUGUCGGCAAUGUCGACCGCCGCGCCGUGCACAGCGUCGAUCAGCACUCGCCGCGCACUGUUUCCCCAGUCAGCAACAAGCGCAACUUAUCACCGACGAGCACCCGUAGCGGACGCCCUCUUGCGUCCAGUGCGAGCUCGACGGCUUCUUCGAUGGUGUCGCGCAAUUGGCGCAGCUCGAUGUCCAGUGCGGGCACGUCGAGCUCUGCGUUCACGAAGUAUAGCAAUGGCAGUUCGCGCAGUGUGUCGACGGCCGCGACGAGUCUUUCUGGCGGCAGCUGGCGCAGCAACCAGAGCAACGUCAGCAAGUAUCCUUACGAGAAGGGGACCCUGCCGCCGAAUGUUAAGGCCAUGGAUGGUGUUCCGGUGGAGCUGUCAAAGACGCCUCGCUCGCUGAACUCGGGCCCUAGCUCGCUCAAAUACGGCAAUCCUACUCGUAAGCGACUCGGUAAGCCCAAGGACUCGGUGCUCGACACGAUCAACGAACGCCCGAACAUGAAGUCGGCCUCACAGACGGAUGCCGCUAUCAGCACCAUGGACCUCUCUCACGUCGUUCGCGACACGGAGAGAGAUGGAAGUAGCGACGGACACGGAGAUCAUGAUGGUAGUCCGCGCAAGGUGCAGAAGGGUCAGAUCAACGCCUUGGCGAAGAUGCUGUCCGCUCUGCGGCGCUGA